CCCAUUGCUGCAGUGUUUCUGUGCUGUUCUGCUGCCGGUUUGAGAACAUUUCCAGUCCUCUCCAGUCUUCUGGUUCUCUUUUUCUUUCUCCAACAACAAACAUCACUCAUACCGGAUAUGAAGAUUAAAAAAGCGACAGAUGAGAAGAAAACCGUCAUGCAAGAAUGCCAAUAGAUAAAACAAGUGCCGAGAGUAAAGAAAACCAAACAAACCCUGAAAGCAAGAGCGAUAUCUGGAGAGAGACUAGUGCUGUUUGUCUGGAAAAAGGGAAGAGAAAGAAGAGAAAAAGUUGAGUCAGCUGUAGACUUCUGGAGCUACUUUCCAAACUCGUUGGUGGAAAUGGGGGAGCAGCCGCUCUUCAGCACAAAAGCACACGUCUUCCAGAUCGACCCUGCGACGAAGAGAAACUGGAUUCCCGCCAGCAAACAUGCGGUCGCCGUAUCGUUCUUCUAUGACGCCAGCAGAACUGUGUAUCGCAUCAUCAGCGUAGGGGGAACGAAGGCGAUUAUAAACAGCACCGUAACACCCAACAUGACCUUCACCAAGACGUCGCAGAAAUUUGGGCAGUGGGCAGACAGCAGGGCAAAUACUGUGUAUGGGUUGGGCUUCUCCACAGAGCAGCACCUUCAACAGUUCUCAGAACAGUUUAAAGAAGUGAAGGAAGCUGCACGUCUCGUGAGGGAGAAAUCUCAAGAGAAGUUUGAGCUGAUCAGUCCUGGUUUAACCAUCGCUCCUCUACAGGCUCUGUGUGAAGGCCGGAGAUCUCCGACAGCGCUCCUGGGUGUAAAUGGGGAGGAAAAGCUUUUUCGCAGCAAGAGUGCGGACCUGGAGCUGGCCUCGAAGAAGGAGUGUGUGAAAAAGGUUCCCUCAGAAGGAUCGAUAUGUGAGACACACAUGGAGACCGAACUGUUCACUCUGAGGGAAAGCAACCUAAAGCUUGUCUCAGCGCUCCGUGAAGCCAACAGCAGCAUUGAACACUGGAAGAAUCGGCUGGCUGAGUAUCAGCAGGAGACGCAGCAAUUCCGAGACCAGGUGGCCGAGUUGGGAGAGCGAGAGGGACACGCUGCUUCAUCAGAGAACAGGAGCGAGGAUUUGUUCCAGUCUGUAGAACACAUGGAGGCCCUUUUAAAGGCUAAAGAUGAAGAAAUUAACAAGCUACAGAACAGGAAAUCUGAUUUCCAGGAUUUGGAGGAGGAGAGGGAGAAGAUUAUUAAAAGAAUGCAGGAGCUGGAGCAAAGAAACUUCGAGCUCGAACAGCAAGUGCAGAGAGCGGAGCAGAGCUUGGCAUCUUCUCUGGACGCCAGGCAGCAGGCGGAGGACGAAGUGCGGAAAGUCAUCGAAGUGCUGGACAUCAAGAUUUUUGACCUGAACAGCUUGAGACAGAGCCUGGCCAACUUUCUAGAUAAGGACCAGCUCGGUGGAUCGUCAGAAUGCUGACUCAUGAAUCUCCAUUUUAUUCCUCUUGAACAUGCAUCAUGUGGUACUGCAGUGGUACACAUUACUUAUCUUCAGAUCUCAGAAGAAAUUUGGUGAAAGCUGAUGGAUCAGCUCUUGAUCACAGUCGUAUUAAAAGUCAUCAGUCGGAUGAAAUUCCUGUUUUUUCUCCUGUUGGAAAAAUUCUUCUGGUGCUUCAUCUGAGUGCACACAUGGGCUUUUUUUCCAAUUUUGAAGCACAAUGUAUUAAUGAUACUUGGGAGAUCAAAAGUCUUGAAUGAUUGUCGUUACUGGGAUUAAACUAGAUGUUUUUAGAAAAGUGUAAUAUUGUACAUUGAUGAUGGAAUCUGUGUAGUCGAAACUAUUUCUGAUUUGAAGGACGUGUGUGAACACAAACACUAUACUACGCUUAUAUAUUAGUUUCCUGUGUCAAAGGUCGAGACUCGGCUGUAGAUGAAGCUUUCAACAAUUCAUUUAUAUUAGUUUAUCUGCUUAUGGGUUUGUAAAUCUGUGUAUUUAACUUCCAGUAAAGCUGAAACUUGAUUAUUGUUGAUAUCAUUAACUCCACUGCGUAUACUCUUAUGUUACCAAAAGUAUGUGAACACCUGGCCAUCACGCUCGCAGCUUCAAUCACAGAAACAUCUGUUAAAGUGAGAAAAAUAACAGUGUUCCUGCAUGGCAAUGUGCUUCUGUGGAGGUCUGAAGUGGAAGAACCUAAACCUUGACCUCCUCAAGCCCACUGAACACAUGUAGGAUGAUGUAGAUUAAUGACUAUACACCAGACCUCCUCGCUGAUCUUGUAGAUGAAAGAGCACUAAUCCUCACAGCCGACCCCACAAAUCUAGUCUGAGACGUUAAGAGCAAAUGGGUGUCCACAUACUUUUGGCCCUAGACCCUAGAUUUUGUGACAUCAAACAAAAAGAUGAGAUUUUGCAUUUCUUUAAACAACAUGCUAUAACUUCAUCCUCAAGGACUUCAGCUGUUCAGAUACAUUUUUAGUUGCAUAAACUUACAAUUUCCACUAAAACUAAUGAAAUCUGUCAAAAAUGUGCUAAUGUUCAUACUUGCAGCUCCACACCUGCUCCGGUUCCUCACCAAGCACACUAGUGAUACUGAUGGUAUUUGGUGUUGGAUUUCCCUCCUGAGCAGAUCUUUGCUUCAUUUACAAUAAAGAUAUAUACAUUUGUGCAUAAAUGCUAUUUUUGUAAUGCUUAAAUAUCAACAAAUGUCUUUUUGUAUUGGGUGACAAUAAAAGGUACUGCCUUGUCUUCUGUCUUCA